UCGGUUUUUAUCGGGGAGUGACACAUGUUGUGAAAUUCAACUAAAAUUACAAAAAAAACAGACAGAUUUUUGAAAUAAUACACAAUGCCGAAGAAAAAUAAGGGAAAGAAACGUGAGGACGAUGACUGGAAAGACGAAGAAGCGGAACAAAAGUUAGAAGAAAGAAUGAAAGACUUGAAAACAGGUGACCAACCGGAAAAGAAAACGAAAAAGAGCAAGGAUAAAAAGAGCAAGUUGAAAGAGCUGGCAGAGUUCUUGGCUGAUGAUGAUGGGGAGGAAGAAACAAAGCCUGAACCAGAGGAAGAGAUUAAGCCAAAAGAAAAAGGAAAGAAAAAAACAGGAAAAGUGCCGGUGAGAAAACCUUCACCAGAACCUGAAGAAGAGGAUGAAGAAAUGGAUCGUGACAUGGUUGGGAAAAUUUCAGAUAACGACGAAGAUGAUGAAAACGGCGAAAAAGAUGACACAGUUAAACCAAAACUGAGCAAAAAGGAGCUGAAGAAAUUGAAAAAGCAGAUGGAAUAUCAGAAAGAACUCGACAACCUGGAUCCUAACAGCAUCCACCAGUUCUCCGUGUCACAGGCUGAGAAGUCAGCAAAGAAAACGGAAUUGGAAAAUCAACAAGAUAUAAAGGUGGAGAAUUUCUCCAUAUCGGCACGAGGGAAGGACCUGUUUGUAAACGCAAAUUUAUACAUUACUGCCGGCAGAAGAUAUGGAUUGGUCGGACCCAAUGGCCAUGGAAAGACAACUCUUUUGAAGCACAUAGCAGGGAGGGCCUUAAAUAUACCACCCAAUAUAGAUGUGCUUUAUUGUGAACAGGAGGUAGUCGCAGACGACACGCCCUCACUUGAAACAGUUUUAAGGGCAGACACAAAGAGAACGGCACUUUUGGAAGAAGAGAAGAAAUUGAUGAAAGAAUCCGAGGCAGGGAAUACAAAAAACUCAGAAAGGCUUAAUCAGGUCUAUGAAGAAUUGCGAGCGAUCGGUGCUGAUGCAGCCGAGCCUAAGGCCCGUAGACUUCUGUCUGGACUGGGUUUUACUGUGGGUAUGAUGGAUCGACCUACAAAGAGUUUGUCAGGUGGCUGGAGGAUGAGAGUGUCCUUGGCGAGGGCCUUGUUUCUAGAGCCGACUUUAUUGAUGUUGGAUGAACCGACCAAUCAUCUCGACUUGAAUGCUGUCAUUUGGCUGGAUAACUACCUUCAGCUGUGGAAGAAGACGCUUUUGGUUGUAUCACAUGACCAGAGUUUCCUUGACAACGUUUGUACUGAUAUUAUUCAUCUGGAUCAACAGAAGCUGUUCUACUAUCGGGGGAACUACGGUACAUUCAAGAAGAUGUUGGUGCAGAAACGGAAAGAACAGCAGAAGGCUUUUGAGAAACAGGAAAAACAAAUUAAAGAGGAAAAAGCAUCAGGAAAAUCCAAGAAACAAGCUGAAACUAAAGCAAAAGAAGCACUCACAAGAAAACAGCAAAAGAAUCGCUCCAAGCAGGAAAUGUUUGCUGAGGAGGAAAAGAAGACAGAACUACUACAAAGGCCGAAGGAAUACAUGGUGAAGUUCAGAUUUCCGAACCCAGCACCACUAAAUCCUCCAAUUCUUGGUAUCUCAAAUUGCGUGUUCGGCUAUGGUAAAGCCCCUCCCCUUUUCAAAGACUUGGAUUUUGGUAUCGACAUGAGCUCAAGAGUGGCAAUUGUCGGCCCGAAUGGAGUUGGAAAAAGUACCUUCCUGAAGCUGCUAGUUGGAGACUUGGAACCUCAACAAGGUGAAUUGCAGAAAAACCACAGAUUGAGAAUCGGCAAAUAUGAUCAGCAUUCAGCAGACCAGUUGAACCCUGAUGAAACACCUAUUGAACAUUUACAAAGGAACUUUAACAUGGAGUAUCAGCUGAGUCGUAAGACCCUGGGGAGCUUCGGGCUUCCAGGACACGCCCACACCAUCAAGAACAGAGACCUGUCCGGCGGUCAGAAAUCCCGGCUUGCGUUGGCUGAUCUUACCUGCAGACAGCCUGAUGUUGUUAUUUUGGAUGAGCCCACAAAUAACCUGGAUAUUGAAUCUAUAGAUGCUCUUGCUGAGGCGAUAAAUGCUUUCACAGGAGGUGUCGUGAUUGUGAGCCACGAUGAACGACUUAUCCGAGAAACAGACUGUCAAUUGUGGGUCGUGGAAGAUAAAACUAUCAACGAAGUUGAUGGAGGGUUUGAUGACUAUAGGAAGGAACUUUUACAAGAGUUGGGUGAAACCAUAGCAACACCUGGAAAUGUUGGAGCGACGGAAUGAAUUUGUUAUAUAUUGAUGAAAAAGUGAAUAAACAGUUUAAAACUUUGAAAAUAAUGAUGAAAUCGUAUUUGAUAAAAAAAUAAUUUUAUGAAGGCUUUGUGUGACAAAAUCAUCGCCUGAAAGUGUAAAUUCCCCGAACUGAAAAACACUACGCCUUGUUAUUUAUUGAAAACUGUCGAAUAAAGUAAAGAAAUA